AUGCCUGCCAAGAAGCUCCGUUGCAACGCCAAGGACUGCCGAGAGGCUGCCCAGCGCAUCGUCGGAGACUGCACAUUCUGCAAUGGCCACUUCUGCGGCAAGCACCGUCUGUUAGAGGAUCACAAGUGCAGCGGCCUGGAAGACUGCAAGAAGCAGUCUCAUGCGCGCAAUGCUGCCCAGCUGGAAGCCGAGAGGACACAGGUCAUCCGAGGCGUCUAA